AUGGAGAACUCUUCUUACAACAGCCUGACUCUGCAGCUCGAGGGGUUAAAGGUCACUAAGACCAGCAAGUACCCCGUCUUUAUCUGUCUGCUUAUCAUCUAUGUGUUCAUAUUCGUUGCCAACGUGGGCAUCUUGUUGUUGAUAUGGACGGACAGGAGCCUGCACCAGCCCAUGUACCUGCUCUUCUGUAACCUGUCCAUCAAUGACAUCAUGGGGAACUCUCUGCUGGUUCCCCGGGUGCUGUCAGACAUCCUGCGUCCUCCCUCCGAGCGCCUCAUCAGCUACUACGAGUGUCUGAUGCAGGCGUUCACCACGCACAUGUUCGGCACCAACGCCCACACCGUGCUCAUGAUCAUGGCCUUUGACAGAUACGUGGCCAUCUGUAAUCCUCUGCGUUACGCCGCCAUCAUGACCAACAAGAUGGUGGUCAAGCUGACUGUGUCUGCCUGGGGCGUGGCCUUUGUUCUGGUGGCCGUCCUGCUCAGUCUGACUGUCCGACUGAACCGAUGCAGGACAGUGAUCACGAAUCCUUACUGUGACAACCCCUCGCUGUUCAAACUCUCCUGUGAGAGUUCUUUUAUUAAUAACAUCUACGGCCUCACGUUCACCGUGGUCCUGCUCUCUUCUUCUAUCGGCAGCAUAGUUCUCACCUACGCUAAGAUCACAGUCGUGUGUGUGACCAGUAAGAGCAAGUCUCUGAACAGUAAGGCCCUGAAGACCUGCAGCACACACCUGUGUCUGUACCUAAUCAUGCUGGUCAGCGGUAUGAUCCUCAUCACCCUCCAUCGUUUCCCCGACGUAUCUGAGUACAGGAAGAUUGCAGCGCUCCUCUUUAACGUGGUGCCCGGCAGCCUGAACCCCGUCAUCUACGGCCUGCAGUCCCAGGAAAUACACAAAAAGGUUAGUAAACUGGUUAUUUUGUCCCAGUUAAGUUUUACGAUCUCUACUUUGCCUUCUAGACAAGCUUCUCACAGAAAUAAGGACAGAGAUGUUUUAUGGGAAGAGAAGAUUUGCUGGAGCAGCCCGGCCCUCCCCUUGGCGCUGUACGAGAGAAGGGUGGCCGUCUGCCUCAUCGGUGUGUCGGUGGAGAAGAGAGCUGGAGCAGCCUUCCGCCCCCAGAGGGAUUGGAGAAAGAGAGGGAGAAGAGGGGCAGAAGUCCCCUUAUAUAGGCCCAAUGACCUCACAGGUCAAGGGCCAGGGUGA